AUGACAAGCACGGAUGAACAAGGUCUUUCUUCUGAUCGUAUCCGAGGUCCACCAGAGAUCGAUGCAAGAAAUUCAUGCAAUGCUGAUGUCCUCGAUUCCUUGCCGAGCACCUAUCAAAUUUGCAGAUUGUUUGCAUUCACCAGCAAAAUGGGUAUUACAUAUGAUGCGCUUGAUAGACAUGAAGCGCCAUUUCCCUAUGGAAAUCAGUAA